CCUGCCUAGAGUACCCUGGGGUCUGCUCUUUGCCUGUUCCUAUGUGACACUGGUCCUUGUCCUCUGCACUGUUCAAUCUGAAGCCUCAUGUAUGAAGCAGUCUGGCCAACCACAGACCUUCAGUCAACCUAGAGACAUCAAUGCAAGCCUGAAAAAAGCAGUUUCUUCCUCCUAAGCCAUGGCAUAUCAGUUGUACAGAAAUACCACUUUGGGGAACAGCCUUCAGGAGAGCCUAGAUGAGCUCAUACAGUCUCAACAGAUCACCCCUCAACUUGCCCUUCAAGUUCUGCUUCAGUUUGAUAAGGCUAUAAACUCAGCGCUGGCCCAGAGGGUCAGGAACAGAGUCAAUUUCAGGGGCUCUCUAAAUACAUACAGAUUCUGCGAUAAUGUAUGGACUUUUGUAUUGAAUGAUGUUGAAUUCAGAGAAGUGACGGAACUUAUUAAGGUGGAUAAAGUGAAAAUUGUAGCCUGUGAUGGUAAAAAUACGGGCUCCAACACCACAGAAUGAAAGGAAGGCGGCUUUUCACUCCGUCUCCUGUUGUUACGCCUCGUCUUGGGAAGAGACUCUUUUUAAUUUGUUCUCACAUUGCAAGAACGACCACGCUGCUCUACCACGGAGAACUGCAGCGGAACGAGGCCUGGGACCCUGCUCUCUCCCAUCACCUUUACUAUGCAGACAGCACGAGCAAAUUAGCUUUCAAGAACAUUCUUUAAUAAACCCUUUGAAAACGCA